AAUAGCGAGCGGAAGUAAACACUGAUGGAAUUGUUUUAAUAAUUUAUGUGUAAUUUUGAAUGAUUUACUUUAAUAAUUACGCAGUUUUCAAAUGAAUCUAAAGUAAAGUAAGACUAAAAAUGGAUUCUGAUGAGCCUUUAAUGAAUACUGACGUAUUUAAUGUAAAUGAUAUCGCAGAGAUUGAGGACUUUCUCAGCGGCUGUGAUGGAGAUUUUAUGGUCAAGCUUGAAGAAGAGCUGGCAUUGAUUGAUAACGACAUUGAUUUAAUCGAUGUUGAUACGAAAUUUACUGCAAAUACUUCACCUAAGGUUUCCCCAUAUCCAAACAGAACAGGAAAUCCUUUAAUGUCGCAGUAUUCUCAGAGCACUAAAUCUUCAGUACAGAUACCACAACCUAAAAGAAGUCCUGUAUUGGGAGUUUAUGGAAGAGAAGAAUCAUAUAAUUUGCCGCUUACCAAAGAAAGCACUCCCAUUCCCGAUAAGACACCAUGUGUAACAACACAGGCGCCUGCUCAAACACCAAUGAUUGUACAGCAAGUGGUACAGCAUCCACUUUACGUUAACCUAACUCAUGGAAGUUUACAACAGCUGCCUGAUGGAAGAACUUCUCUGGUGCAGCUAGAUGGAGUUCAACAGAUAAAUGACACACAUAAACCUCAAACCACUCAGCCCUUGUUACUACCAAAUAAUGCAAAAGGAGUUACACCAGUAAUAAUAAAGAGUAGUGAUGCAAAUUUUUCUCCUGUGUUAUUGCAAUCAAAUAUAAUUAGCCCAGAAACUCAGACACUAAUGUAUACAAGUGCCCCAAUACAAGGAACUCAAGGAACAAAAGCCAGCAAUGAAAACAGACCAAUACAUACAUUUUUCACAAGUAAUAAUGGGCCAACUUUACUAACAACAGGCAUUCCAGUUGUAUUGGAUGGUGAUAAAAUCUCCUUUAAUCAGUCAAACUCUGCUCCGCCCAAAGUAAAAGAGGUGAAACGGAGUGCCCAUAAUGCCAUAGAAAGACGCUAUAGAACUAGUAUCAAUGACAGAAUAAUAGAACUUAAGAAUAUGUUAGUUGGUGAAGAGGCAAAGUUAAAUAAAUCUGCUAUAUUAAGGAAAACAAUUGAGUACAUUAAGUACUUACAAAAUCAGAAUGCUAGAUUGAAGCAGGAAAAUGUCGCUCUCAAAAUGGCAUGCCAGAAAUCGGGAGUGAAAGAUGUUGGAUUUGAAGGAGCGUACACUCCACCACACAGUGACGUUUCAUCGCCUUACCACUCUCCUCAUGGUAUUGAUAGUGAUUCUCCAUCUUCACCAGAAUUUAAGGCCGACGAAAAAUACUCAAAAAUAGUGAUGGGAAUGGGUGAUCAUUCUCGCUUGGCUCUGUGUGCUUUCAUGGUUGGGUUGAUAGCUUUCAAUCCAUUUAGUGCCUUCUUUGGAAGCUUCAUGUUAGACUCACAACAAACGGAUUAUAGUUCAAGAUUUGAUCAAAGAAGAAUAUUGUCUGACGAUAAUUUGAAUUCAAGUGGAUCUGGUUGGGGAAUGUGGUUAUUUAACAUAUUUUUAAUAUAUCUCGUGAAUUUCAUACUUCUCAGCGGCUGUCUUAUUAAGCUCUUAGUAUACGGUGACUCUGUACCUAAAUCACAGUCAAAAGAGGCUGGACUGUUUUACAAACACAAGCGCCUAGCGGAUAAUCAUUUAAAAAAGGGUGACCUAACAAAUGCUCGAUUAGAACUUCACCAAUCGCUAGCGGCUUGUGGUAAAAGUGUGCAAUCAGGAGAACAAGGAAAGGCCAAAUUUUCCGCCUUGGCUGCGGCGAUUUUGAGACAAAUUCUACAAAGACUCCCUCUUGGUGGCUUUUUGGCACGACGCGCUGGCGAUUUAUUUAGUGACAGCCCAGCUCGAAGAGCGACCAAGCACUGGGCAGCGGAGGUCUCAAGUGUUUCCCAUCGCCUCGCCCAAUUGGAACUAUUGUCAAAUCACAGCGGUCGCAGCGAACGUGUCCUAUUAGCGUUACAAGCUGUGAAUCUAGCUGAAGUAACGGGUGACAAACAGCUUCUAGCCGAUACUUAUAUAACUGCUGCAUUGGUUUUCAAGGACUACAUGCCAAAGAUCGGAAAUUGGUUAUGUGGCUACUACCUGGGCGCGUGCAGCGUGUGGCGCGGCGAGUGGGGCGUGCGCGUGCGCUGGUCGACGAGCGCGCGCGGGCAGCGCUUCCUGCGCACGCGCCGCUGGGCGUACGACUCCGCGCCCGCGCUCUUCUCGCGCAUCCCCUGCCCCGCCGACCCGCUCGCGUACGCCAUGCGGGCAUACCACCUGGAGCUCUUACAAAAGAGUCUGCACAUGUUGCUAUGUGCGGACGAACGCAGCAACACUCGAGACGUGCUGGAUACCGUCAAGUUGAUCACUGAAGACGUGUCCGCUGAUUCACCACAACACACUGUGAUAUUACCCACAACUUUAAAACUAGGUUGUUGGGACCCAGUGAUGGAAUGGUGGGCGAAUAUAGUGGGCGUGGCGGCCACGUGGUUGCUCGCUGACGUCAGCAAAGCAGCGGAUAUCGGCGACAGACUGAACAUGUUGCCCGAACCCUUGGCUAAUUGCGAAGAUCCAUUACCUGGAGCGCUCCACAUGGCGUACAAAAGUCGGCGCGGUCUCUUGAGCUUGGCGCAGUGUCGAGAUGAACGUUCCAUCAAGAAGACCUCUGAGACGAUACUUAAGGUAUGCGACAUCGCGGGAGCCAGGCUAGCUGAUUCGUUGGCAUAUUACUGCUGCAAGAAACCCACACAACUAAUGCUGCUGAUGCAAGUGCUAUGCUGCGACUGGGUGCUGGAAGUCCGCGCGGGCGUGUGGGAGGCGGGCGGCGGCGGGCCCGCUCCGCCGGCUCAGCUCAAGGCUUUCCAGCGGGAUCUGCACUCGCUGCGACGGCUGUCGCAAACACUACCGUGGGUGACAUCACGCGUGUUUCUACAAUCGGCGGUAUGUCGCAUGAUGGCGGGCGCCGCACCGAAACGCACGCAACAACUCCUCGACGGAAGUCUUAGACCGAGAAUGAACAGAUCUUCAAUUAUAUGUGGAAAAGAGCGUGCACUCGAAAGUGGAGGUGGCGAGGGUGAAAGGGCGGUAGCUUUAUACAUGGCCUGUAAACAUUUGCCGCCAGCGGUGUUGGCAGCGCCGGGAGAACGCGCGGGAAUGCUAGCGCAAGCAGCUGCCACCUUGCAGAAAAUUGGACACAGAAGCCGCCUACCACAUUGUUACCAUCUCAUGAAAUCUGUUGGAACGCUUCCUGCCGCGCCUUGAUUGACGCCUUGUUUUAAUAUAUUUUGUACUGGAAGUUUAAUAUAGUAAUAAAGAAUCAAUAAUUUAAAUAAAUAA